AUGGAGCAGUCAUAUCAGCAGCCCCAGGCAGCCCUGGCCGGCUUUCUCGAUUCAAUGCAGCAGGACUCAGGCAUGUCUGCCUACUCGCUGUUCGGGCCCACGCAGUAUCCCGACAGUGUCGCGUUUUGGCAUGAUCCCUCCGCUGCUCCGGCCAUGGCCGUGCCCGCUCCGUCAUACCCGAAGCAGCCGACCUUGCUCCAACCCAUCUCCGAUCAAAAGAAGCACAAGCGCACCCGCAGCGGCUGCUUCACCUGUCGGGCUCGCCGUAUCAAGUGCGACGAGUCCCGUCCCGUGUGCGAACGCUGCAGAAAAGGCAGCAGGGACUGCGUCUAUCCCUCGCCCACGACAUCCUCUUCAAAGGCCGCCGGCCGCACCACGGCGAAAUCACGCAGUGUACGCCCGCCCUCGCAAGGAAGUGAUUCCUCGAGCAAGGUAGAGACUGAUACCAUCAGUCCUUUGGAGCCCAUCAUCGAUGAGGAGGAACCCGGCAGUGCCGGUCCAGUAUCAAGACCGUCUCCACCCAGCGGUGGCGGCAAGUCUCGUCCCGAACUGGACAGGACGCAGAGUGGUCAGUCAGUGCACAGACGCAGUAACAAGCAGACGCCCGAGGCCGAGAACUUUAAUAUCAUAGACCCGAGUAGCUCGCCCUCGACUACGGAGUCAUCGUCUCGGUUUGAAUCGAUGAGCGUACGAUCAGCUAGCAUCAGUCACACCACUCUCGAUCUCUUGAAUUCCUCCCGCUUGUCGGAAGAUCUACGUUUCUAUCUGAACUAUCACCAAGAAUUCAUCUCGCACGAACAUUUCUUUUUGAGAUCCGGCAGCGAACGCUUCAUCCAUGACAGCAUCAUUGAACUUGCCAUGGGGUACGACCCGUUGCUCUAUGCCCUCGUCGGGUUUGCAGCAUAUCUUCACACCUUGCACACUCCCGGUGGAAAACUUUAUACGUUUCUGAAAUAUUAUAAUAAAGCAUUGGUUCUCUUGCGAAAGUCACUGGGCUCCGGAGAAGAGCACACGGAGGCAACUCUGUGCACCGUGCUUGUGUUGACAACUUUCGAGGAAUACAUCGGCGACUGGGUGAACUUGAUUGAUCAUCACCAAGCCGCACAUGCAUUGGUGCGAGAAAUAUUGACGCCGGAAUCAUCCAACACCGUUGAACUACACACCAACAUCUUCCUGUGGUAUGCACGCUUCGACAUUGUCGUUGGAAUCGUGGCUGGGACGGAGGCGGUUCUUGGGCGAGACUGGUACAUCGGUAAGGAACAGUACGACGCCGAGCAAGCUGCUCUCUAUCCCAACGACCCGGCAAAGCAGCUUGCACUUGUUGCCUCAAUCAACCGUCGAUUCGGCUUGGAGAUGGCCUCGCUGUAUGCGAGGUUAUCGCGUGGUCUGAUCCCAAUGGACCAAUUUGUCGUGCAAAACCAACAGCUCGGGCAGACGAUGGAACGUGCAAAGAACAUCAUCAGAGAAUUCGACAAUUCCGAAUACACAGUCCGUUCCUAUCCGAAUCAACAACCUCUGACAGACGAUGAUAUUGUGGACCCUUACGUACCAGGCGUUCUACACACAGGCCCAUUGUGGGAUGCCAAUUACGCAUGGAUUGACCUUCUUUCGACUGAGUUGAUGUUCAAAUACCAAACAAUGCUCGCUUUGCGACAGCCCUUGCUUCCAGAAUUGCAAAACUUGGCCUUUGAGCAAUGUCGACUUCUCGAAACCAUUGACCGCUGGCCGAACAAGGGUUAUGGACACUGUAUUGGGUUCAAAAAUAGCAUCGGCCUUUCCAGCAUGUUCCUCACCAAAGACGCCAAGCAUCAAAUGUGGUCUCGGCGCAAGUUGGCCAUGAUGGAACAACAUGGAUACAUUAUCCCCCCAAAAUUCCGCGAAGCCUUAGGUGCUAUCUGGCAAAUCCCCGAACUCGAACACUGGUGGCUCCCGAACGACGAAGGAUACUAUGAUAUCAUCCGCGAAAUCCGUGCCUUGUCUGCCGAACGCAUGAGCCAACCCCGCGACGACUUCCGCGAGAACGUGCGCGAUAUGAAAUCCCUUUUCUGGAAAUUGAGCGUGGAUGAUCAGAAUGAGGAGCAGAGUCCUUCAAGUAGCCAUAGCGGUUAUCCUUGA